CCGAGAGUGCGAGCGGCCCCGGGCACGGCCUGGCCGCACAGCCACUCUCCCCUUCACCCUGCGGCCCGGCUCGCUCCUACCGCCGGCAGCCGGGAGGCCCCGCGCCUUCUCCUCGCUCGUAGUCCCUCGGCGACCAGAGGGCGCCUGGCCGUGGCGGGCCGCGUCCCCGAGCCGGCAGCAGGGAGGAAGCUGUGCGAGCGGCCGGGCGCCGCCGGGCCGCCCCCCGCAUGCCCGUGCCCAGGGCGCCGCGGGGCCGGGCCGGGCCCGCUUCCUGUGCGUGUCACUCACUCGGCGGGGGAGGGGAAGCGCCGAGCAGACGGCGGCCGUUCCUCCGCCAGUGGUGCCGUUGGGCCGGGUGGGCUCUCGCAACCCUCCCCCCGUCUCGGCUGCCGCUCGAUCGCGGCCCGAGGCGCCGGCGGAGGCGCGGGAGGUAGCGGCGGUGCUGCCCAGCGGCGGGAGGCGCCGGCGCCGCCGGGCCUGGGCCCUCGCGUCCCGCGGGAGGCGGCCAUGUCUACCGGCGAGGUGGAGCGGUCGUCGGCAGACCUCGGCGGGGCCGCCGGGGACGAGGAGGAGGAGUGGCUCUAUGGCGAUGAAAAUGAAGCAGAGAAACCAGAGGAAGAAAAAGCUAGUGUUCCACCUCCACCUGGAAGUGAAGAGGAAGCAGCAGAAAAUGGCGUUGUAAAAACGAAGGCAGCAGAGGCUGAGGAUGACAGUGAUAGCGAUAGCGAUGAUGAUGAAGACGAUGUUCAAGUCACCAUAGGGGAUAUUAAAACAGGAGCUCCACAGUACAGUUAUGGAGCAGCACCUGUGAAUCUCAAUAUAAAGACAGGAGGACGAGCUUUUGCAUCUUCUGGUGCUAAGGUGAAAGGGGUGGAUCUAGAUGCACCAGGGAGUAUUAAUGGUGUGCCACUUCUGGAAGUAGAUUUAGAUUCUUUUGAAGAUAAGCCUUGGAGAAAGCCAGGGGCUGAUCUUUCUGAUUAUUUCAACUAUGGCUUCAAUGAAGAUACCUGGAAAGCUUACUGUGAAAAACAGAAAAGGAUACGAAUGGGGCUUGAAAUUCUCCCAGUUACCUCAGCCACCAAUAAAAUCACGGCUGAAGACAAAGCUAUGGAAGUAAGAGCAAGUGCAGAGAUUCUCGAUGGCAGAUACCAUCUUUUUAAGGUACAGCAGGGCAGAACUGGAAAUUUGGAGAAAGAGUUGGCAGUGCAGUCGACCAAAGCUGAGUUCACAUCUCCUCCUGCCUUAUUCAAAUCAGGAAUCCCAACAAACAGGAGAAUAUCUGGCACAAUAGAUGUCAUCGGACAGAGCAUCACUAUCAGCAGGGUGGAAGGGCGCCGGCGAGCUAACGAGAACAGCAACAUACAGGUUCUUUCAGAACGAUCUAAUCCUGAAGUAGACAAUUUUACCAAGCCACCUCCAUUUUUCCCUCCAGGAGCUCCACCUACCCACCUUCCACCACCUCCUUUCCUCCCACCCCCUCCUACUGUCAGUUCUGCUCCACCUCUGAUUCCCCCACCAGGUAUCCCAAUAACAGUGCCACCACCAGGCUUUGCACCACCUCCUGGCGGCCCUCCACCUUCCCUCAUACCCACCAUAGACAGUGGCCACCCUUCUGGCUAUGAUGGUCGGUCUGUUCGUGCAUUUUCCUAUGGCAGUGUCACCUUUCCGCACCUUGCAGGUUCCUCUCCUUCCUGGCCUAGCCUCAUGGACACCAGCAAGCAGUGGGAUUACUAUGCACGGAGAGAGAAGGACAGGGAGCGAGAGAGAGAGCGAUCCCGAGACCGGGAUCGGGACCGGGAGCGGGAGCGAGAGCGUACCAGGGACAGGGAGAGGGAGCGAGACCACAGCCCGACUCCCAGUGUCUUCAACAGUGAUGAAGAAAGAUACAGAUACAGAGACUAUGCAGAGAGAGGCUACGACCGCCACAGGACGAGCAGGGAGAAGGAAGAUCGCCACAGAGACAGGAGGCACAGAGAGAAAGAAGAGACCAGGCACAAGUCAUCUCGAAGUAACAGCAGACGUCGUCACGACAGCGAGGAAGGGGACAGCCACAGAAGGCACAAGCACAAAAAGUCCAAAAGAAGCAAAGAAGGGAAGGAAGCCAGCGGUGAACCUGCUCCAGAGCAGGAGAACACUGAAGCUGCCCCUGUGGAAUAGGCUUGUAUGGUUGGGGUUCUUUUUUUUUGGGGUCUACUUGCAUAUAUAUUAGUGCCAGAAAUAGAUGACUAUAUAAAUCUUGUUAUUUUUCUGGGGAUUAAAGUAAUUUGCUCU